AUGGCAACGGUUGGUAACCGGGUGUAUCUUUUUGGAGGGCGAGACUCCCAGAGACUAUUUUCCGACCUCUUUUAUUUUGAGGUUGUGGGCAGCGAUUCAGCUGUUGGGGAAUUCUCAAUUCCCGAACGCUUCUCACACUCCCUCACCACGUACGGGCAGCACCUUCUAAUUUUCGGGGGCUGCCCGCACUCCCGGGCAGGCCCGGAAAUCAUUAUGGUGAACACCACAUCCACUGAGGUGUCUCGAAUCCCCGUCGCUCUCCCUCCUGGUGCUCUGCCCGUGCGCCACACUGCCAGUGUGGUGAGGGGAGGGUCGGUGGCAGCAGGGGGUACAAUUGGAGGCUCUACUGUAGGGGACAGGCUGCUGGUGCUGGGGGGUGGUGCUGCGUGCUUUGCCUUCGGAUCGGCCUUUAGCCCUCCUUUUACGAUCCCUCUGCAAGGAAUUCUUCAAGGAAAGUUUGGAUAUGCUAGCCAACAGCGGCAGGGGCAGCAGCAGGAACGACAGGAGCAAGAGCAGGAUCAGGAGUCGCAGGGAGGAUUGGGGUGGGUGGUGCUGGUUCCACGGAGGGACGGGAAGCGAUGGAAGGAUGAGCUACAGACAAAUGGUGUUCUAGACAAGACCCGCAAGCCAGCUACAGUGAGCCCAAAUGCCAGUCCCGAGGUAUCACAUGUCAGUGCUAGUAUCUCAGGUGCUGCUGGUGACGGUGGUGAGUUUCUGCUGGCGUUGCCUGUGUGCGAGUCUGCUGUGCGCACUGUUGCUGCCAUGGCUGGUGUGUGCAUGGCGGCAUCUACUGUGCCAACCCUCCUUAACCUCAAGGCGAUGCAACCCAGUUCUUCAGAGGACAAUCAAAUUAGUGCCACUCACUUAUCCCUUCUCUCUCAGCUGCCGGCCCGCUGGGAGCGGCUUGGAGACAUGGUGGUGUUGCCAGCUGAUGCCAUGCUGGGGGAGGUUUGGGACAGGCUCGGGCCGGAGCUCUGGCAGGUUGUUGCCGAGGCUCUUGGGGCGACAAGAGUGGCCCGGCAGGCCCCUGUGGCACCCGCAUUGACUCGAGACAGCCGGCUGCAGCUGCUGCUGGGGUCCUCGUCCUGGGUGGAGCACCGCGAGAAUGGCAUCACAUACACAUUCGAUGCUGCAAAGUGCAUGUUCUCCUCGGGGAAUGGUACUGAGAAGCAGCGCAUUGCCGCACUCAAGCUUCAUGACCAAGAAGUGGUGGUAGAUCUGUUUGCUGGGAUCGGGUAUUUCACGAUUCCGCUGCUUGUGCACGCACGAGCCCGCCACGUGUUUGCAUGUGAGUGGAACCCUGCGGCUGUCCAUGGGCUCCGGUCCAGUCUUGCAGCCAAUCAGGUUUCGCCAGAUAGAUACGCUGUGCUGGAGGGGGAUAACAGGGUGGUUGCUCCAGUGGGGGUUGCUGAUCGGGUGCUGUUGGGCUUGAUCCCCUCGAGUGAGGCCAGCUGGAGGACUGCAAUUCGCUGCCUGAAGCCGAAGGAAGGGGGUGUUGCUCAUGUGCAUGGGAAUGUUGUUGAUGUGGAGGAGCAGCAAUGGACUGAUCAUGUUGUGUGGGAGUUUGAAAAGCUGGCAAGAGAAGAGGGGAGAAGCUGGGAAGUCAAGGCAGUGCAUUUGGAACGGGUGAAAUGGUAUGCGCCACACAUUCGGCAUGUCGUUCUGGAUGUUUGCUGCAAGCCCAAAGAUCUCUAUUUGGAGUGUUCGCAGCGUGCUGCCAUGUUUCCUCCAUCAAUCGACCGGCUCACCUUGCUCAGGAGCCUGCGUCUCGAGGCAAACGCUGUCACGCGUCUUCCCGACACACUGACCUCGUUGCAAUCCCUCAGAAGCCUCGAGCUGCACGCUGGCAGACUCGAGGUGUUGCCGUCAGAUCUCGGCAAUCUGCUUCUCUUAACGUCGCUCAAGCUGCACGGUUGCCGCUCCCUGGCGUCGCUUCCGGAAUCUUUCAGGCAACUUGCCAAUCUGAACCUUCUAUCCUUGGAUUUCUGCUCCAUGAUGCAGCUGCCUGCGUCCCUCACCGACCUUCCUUCUCUCACCGUCCUGAAGAUUAGGGGCUGUAACUUUCCUCUCCCGUCUCCCGUCGAUUUUCCGCGGCUAUGGAGGCUCGAAUCAGUCUGUCUGGAAGCAGUGAAGGGAAUGCGCGGGCUAAUCGAGGCGUUAGAGCAUCUGUGCCGUCUCAAGACUCUCGUUAUCAAACGCUGCAGCGAUAUCACCUCUCUGCCUGAGUCGCUAUUCCGCCUGCCUUCGCUUACCAGUCUCACCCUUGACAUGCCACAACUCUCAGCUCUUCCUGACCAUGUUGGGCUGUUGUCAAAGCUGCGAACACUGAAUUUGGAGAUGAAGGAGCUCGCAAGUCUUCCUUGUUCCAUCGCUCUGGUUACCACGCUCCAAGAGCUUUCCUUGGAUAAUCUCUGGAACCUGCCGUCUCUGCCCGAGGAGUUAGGGCAGCUGAGUGCUUUGGAAACGCUUCACCUGAAAAACCUUUGCCAGCACACACGCCUGCCUGAUUCCCUCGGGCAGCUGACAGCUCUCCGGGAGCUGAAAAUAGAGGAGUGCGGGCAGCUGCAGCAACUUCCGGACACCCUGUCCCAGCUAUCGUCUCUCGAGCACCUGGAGAUUGAGACGUGCACGGGCCUCACCGCGCUGCCAGAUGAAAUGGGGAACGGUCUGCACCGCUUGCGAUCUCUGCAUCUAAACCGCUGCUCAUCUCUCACCCACCUCCCUCCAACCUUCUCCGGCCUGACUUCUCUCCAAACCCUCAAGAUUAUCAAAGCUAAAAGCUUUAGAGGCACCCUACUAGACGGUUUCGGCUGCCUGAAAAGCCUCAGAGAGUUGGUGCUUCAACACAUGCCCCGCCUAUCUGCCCUUCCUGACCGCGUCUCAGGAGCUUCUUCACUCACCAGCCUGGAUAUUCUAAACUGCCCUAAAGUAACGGUCCUGCCAGAGGGAAUCGGACGGUUGGAGGCGCUCGAGGUGGUCAAGAUCGUACGGAUGGACGGCUUGAGGGAUCUCCCUGGGUCGCUGGUUAGGCUGCCCUGCCUGCGCGUGCUGGAGGUGCGGGCAUGCUGUGGGGUUGGUGCGCUGCUAGGGGAUGAGGUGGUGCACGAACGCACCUCCAGUGGCUCUUUGGCACACUCUAACCGCACCUGCGCAUUCUGCACCGGCGCUUUCAGCACUGGCACCAGCAACACCGACACGAGCAGCACCGGCAGCGACAGCAGGGCACUGCUUCCGUCCCUCGCGAGUCUCAAGAUUAAGUCGGUUUCCUGCCACGCCCUUGGUCCGUCCCUUGGCCAGCUCCCCUCUUUAACGAAGCUCAAGCUCCUAGAUAUGAACUUCAUCUUGUCACUCCCUCACUCCAUCUCUCAACUCUCACGCCUGAAAAUACUCCGCAUCGAUUCAGCCAUCCAGUUGGAGGCUCUGCCUGACACCUUUGGAGGGCUCUCAGGUCUGCGGGUCUUAAAGCUGGUUGACCUCAUUGCGUUACGGCAGCUGCCUGAGUCUUUCGGGCAGCUGAAAAUGCUUGAGACGCUGGAGAUCAUUGACUGCUACAAGCUGAUGAAGCUUCCAAGUUCCUUCGCGAAUCUGUCCAAGCUGCAAUCGUGCAUCCUCACCAAGAAUGGGAUCAGGACAUUUCCGGUUGAUUUCUGGAAACUGGCUUCCCUGCAAAAGUUGGUGCUCGUCGGGCUGCAGCACAUGCGCAGCCUGCCAGAGUCCUUCUCUAAGCUGCCGAAGCUGCAGGUGCUGCGGGUGACAGAGUGCCACAAUUUGGCCCGGCUACCGACUGCUCUCGGGAGAAUGCCAACGCUGCGCGAGUAUGAUGUCAGAGACUGUCCUUUUCUCCCUUGGCGAGACGAGAGGUGGGCUCCUGCAAGGGCUCAAGAGGGGGAUGGGGAGGAAGGAGAGGGAGUGGUGGUUGAUGCGGCAGGGAAAGGGGGAGAGGAGGAAGGAGGGGCGGAGGUAGAGGGUAAGGAGAGUGGAGAUGUGGCAGGGGAAGGGGACGAGGCGGACAGCGAGGCAGAGGAGGAUGCAGAGAGUUGUUUUGAGAAUUUGCAGAUCCUGCAUGACUAUGGCAGGGACAGUGAGGAUGACAGGUACGUCGACGAGGGGGGCUGGGGGUCGAGUGAUGAAGACGAGGAGGAGGAGGAGGACGACGGCGACGACGAGGAGGACGACGAGGACGACGAGGACGACGAGGAGGACGAGGAGGAGGAGGAGGAGGAGGAGGAGGACGAGGAGGAAUAG